UACAGCCGCCGGGAUAAUUAAUUACGCAUUUAUUUAGUUAAUUAUUUGAUUAUUAUUAUUAUUAUUUGGAUUGGUUGGCGCAUGCGCGGCAACGCAACAGUUGGUCUCGGUGAAUUUAUUUAAUUUAAACAAAUUUACGGGGUUUAUAAAUAAAAUGAGGGAAUAUUUAUGUAUAAUAUUAUAUUAUUAAUUGGCUCUGGAAAAGGGAAUGGCCAUUUGAGGUCGGAAAGGGACAAAUUACAGGCCAAACGCAUCAUUGCAUCAUGUUGAUGUCAAUGAGUGAAUUAACAUGCGACAGAAAUAGUGCUCCAUUGGUUGAAAAGAGAAACCAUUACAAGAUGGCGCCGGCCGAGGUGCCGGCAUGGGACUCACGUGCUGCCAUGGCCAGACGUGGAUAGACUUUUGUACAAGCAAGGUGUGCUGUUGUUGCUGUGAAAAUUUAUUGAUAUUGUGACGCCAUUUGAGUUGUUUUGGCAUAAUUGAAGAGUCACUGGCAAUUUAUAUAUUUGUUAUUGAUUGGAAUUGUUUGCCGCUAAUUAAAUUUGCCACUAAACAUCCACCAAUGGAACCAAUCAGAAUUCUGUAUUACGACGACGACUAUUUGAUGUGUGCACGCAAUUGGGUGCACUAUGGGAUAGCGGUGCCAUCCUUGACGGAGCAGCAGAAAGCGGUGGCGGAAGCCGUGCUGAGAUUCCGUCGACCGGAAUUUGUCCGGGCCAGCAUCACACCUGGUACCCCGGAAUGGAGAAUGGAGGUGGGCUUGAUGUUCCGGCAACAAGUAACCUUAUGGAGACACCAGUGGGCGGCGCGAGUUAUCACAGAAGGUUGUGCUCGUUGUACGGCAUGGGGACACACGGCGCGCCAAUGCACCAACCCACCAUCGCAAAUUAAACCAUUCUGCGAUGAGUGCGUGUGGUUUUUCGACACUGAUGUGUGUCACGGUCCGCAUGGACGAGCGCGUCUGGCGGCGCGAGGCUUUUGCAUGGUGUGCUGCAAUGUGCGGAUGGGAGACCAACGCUGCCGUGCCUGUAGACGCACCAUCUCCGAACAAUUGUGGGCACUCCCGAAACUCCCCAAAUUUACGUGGGAUCGCGAGGUGAUUUGGCGCUAUCAUUUAGACUAACCACUGGGACAUUGAGUGGUUGCCGAGGCUUCUAAUGUUGAUGCCCCUUUGAUAUUUAUAUUUUAUGUUCAUUUCAUUUUUUUUCUCUACGUCACUUGAUUUAUUAUUUAUUAUUUAUUAUUCUUUCUCGUUAUAUUUAUUAUUUGUUCGUGUCGGUAGGCGGCCAAGCGGGAGUAUAAUCAUUGUACGCUCUCCACUUGGUACAAGAGUCGAUAUUAUAGC